GACGAGCUACUUUAAUCCCCCCACAAUGCAAGAAAUCCGUGGCAUGCAAAUAACCCGAGAGCAGUAUAGAAUUCAUUAAUGAGCACUAAUUGAACUUUAACAGUGGUUAUUGCAUUUGCAAUGUUGGUACGCAUGGGCCAUUUUCCCGCUAUCAAAUCUCAUGUGAUUAGUGCAAAGAUGAAAAAUCCCUUGCCCAGAUGGUCAUCAUCGGCUUAACUGUAACGUAAGUCGAUCCAACGUGCCGUUGAUUUUAGCAAAAAUACUUAACUUCGGAAGAGACGAGUCGCCGUUUCCCGCUGCGUCUUGCGUCAACGCGUUCCAAGACACCGAUAGUCCCCUCACAGACACUCGAAGUUCUGUUAUUAUUUUUCGGAAAGCAAGAAUGGCGAGAGUUCUGGAUUUCAUUUCUUCACUCCUAAGCCUGUUGUUCGGGGACAUUUGGAAAGGACUUCUAAUGUCUCUGUUGGGUGCAUUCUCCACGACCUCAAAGAAGGUAAAGCCACACGUUAAGGAGGCUCCUCUCACCGAACGACAAAUUCAACUUAUUCAGGACUCAUGGACACUCGUAGAGAAUCAGAAGCAAGAAGCAGGGAUAAAACUUUUCACAAGAUUAUUUAAGAUCGCACCAUACAUCCGUGACCUGUUUCCGUUUGGGUACGACCCGGCGAGUCCAGGACUCAAGACGCAUGCGCUGGGAGUCAUGGAUACUGUGGAGGUGGCCGUGAGGGUACUGGACGAUCAAGAAAGCUUGGCGCUUAAAUUGGUUGAGCUUGGACAAUUUCAUAAGCGGUUUGGACUGACCAAUCAAGAGUUUGAGCAUGUCGGUUCAGCGCUUCUGUGGACACUCGAGACCAGUCUUGGCGACAAAUUCACGGCGGACACAAAACAAGCAUGGACCGACGCGUAUACUAUUAUACAGGGAGCGAUGGAACAGGGGUUGAAGUGAAUCAUGGCAUAAAGCCACAUUAUAAGAACUCCAUCAAAAAGUAUGAAAAUUAAACGCGAAGCACCAAGAAAAGCAAGAUAAACGGAGACAGCAAGACCAUAAUAGUCUCGCAUGCAAGCCAGAUCUCAUUUGGGAAUAUUCGGAAAUGUUGUCUUUUCAAACGUGAAAAGGCCGAGAUGCACUGGGGCGACCCGACGAGGAUGUGAGCCGAUCCAGUGCAUCCCUUUCUUUGUGCACCACAGGGCUCCCAAUCUUUUGAAAAAAAAUCAUUUCCGAAUAACUCCAAAUGAUGAGAGCCGGCAAGUAUAUCUUUUCAAAAACAGUAUAUCAUCCGUUAAAAUAAUUAUUAAAAGCACAUUAUUCCAAAGAGAAGAGGAGAUUUCACGAAAUUUUCCGAUUAAUGCACAUAUACUGAAAAGAAAUGAAAUGUCACCCGGUAUUACUAUGAUAUACUAUAAAAUUAUAUCAUAUAGAGUGGUUUUCAAAAUCCCGUGCAAAGACAUUACAGUGUACUAGUACUAAAUAAACUAAAAGGUAUUUGACGGGUUUUUUGAAAACCAUUCUAUUUUUGUCUGAAUUAAUAAGAAUGUGUUGUGGAAUUGGGGCAUAUUCUUAUACAAAUAUAAUGUAUAUAAACUAGUUUGAAUUUGAUGCCGAAUCGCGUAAUCAUAGUCCCACAAAGAUGCCGAGUCUCGAUCGUAAAAAGCGCGCGAAAAAAGCAAACGCUCCCCGCUGACUGAAGAAACCCAAAAUAAAUAUAGGACCCGUGAGGCACCUCAAUCAUCGAACAAGCGAAAGGUUUUCAACCAGUAUGACUUCUGCUUGUAGACUAUUUACAGUAUCUAUUGCUCAAGCGGUUUUUUUUGUUUUUUUGGCGAGGCGAUGUUGAUGUUGUCUUUGUGUGGCAAGCAAUUAUUUCAUGGUUAUUGAAUACUUGUGACAAUGAGGAAAAUUUUAUGCUGCUUCAAGAAUAAAUUAAAGUAUUACGUCAAACAUAUUCCCUACGGAUUACAACAAACGAAAAGUUUAUUUCGUGCUUGUAAGAAAGCAAAGUAAACAAUAUAAACCCUUUAAAAAUUAUCAACUUCGACAACAAACAGCUUUAUUUUGACAAAGUCAAAGAUGAAGGCAGCAACAUGUCUCAAGGAAAUGUUUUCCUUUUUUACCCCAAUGUUUUAGGUUAUUUUAGAUUGGCCUUUCUUGUAUUGGCUUGGGUCAAUAUUGAUUGCUGUCCACUGACGUUUCUGCUGUACUACGGAAUCUCUGCUAUUUUAGACGGUGUUGAUGGUUAUGUCGCUAGGAGCUUCAACCAGACCUCGGCAUUUGGAGCAUGGCUUGAUGUUGUGAUAGACAAUGUAGGUAGAACGAUGUUAUGGUGCUAUGUUAGUAAGUCUGGUUGGUUCGUUAGCUGUCAGGAAUGGUUAGUCUUUGUGUGCACACACUCUUUGGGUCCUUCCUGGAAAAACACAAGCAGAACCCCUCAACCAUUGUGGGUACAGGCUGUCAUGGCAAAUGGUUUUAAGACUGCAAUUGGAACAUAUGCCAUUACUGGUCUACAUGUCCUUCCAUUCUGGUUGUAUGUCAAGGUUCAGCUGACUGUUCCAAAAGUCAGGGUCUGCUUACAGACCUGUAUUUCUCUCAUCCUGAUGGGUGGACGAUUCCUGUGCAUGUGUGUGGAGCUUUGGUUUGUGUAUGACCAUAUCUGCUGCCUUGGUGACCUACAAAAGCCUAUACAACAAGAGCAACAAUCACAACCUGAACACAGAUCCUGCUCACCAUGUCUUAGUACAGAACCACAUCAUACACCACUUUCUCCCUCAAGAGUGGAAACUCACAGUCACAAAGAAGGGGUGCAAUUACCUAUUCAGCAAUACCAACCAAUUCAAACUCGCCGAAGGUCACAAUCACCAGGACAGACUUAUGCAACUAAAAGAGGAAGGUCCCAUUCACAAAGUCGUGUUCCUGUAUCACCAAGGCAACGGUCUAAUUCACCAAGGCGUGUUCCUGUAUCACCAAGGCAACGGUCUAAUUCACCAAGGCGUGUUCCUGUAUCACCAAGGCAACGGUCUAAUUCACCAAGGCGUGUUCCUGUAUCACCAAGGCAACGGUCUAAUUCACCAAGGCGUGUUCCUGUAUCACCAAGGCAACGGUCUAAUUCACCAAGGCGUGUUCCUGUAUCACCAAGGCAACGGCCUAAUUUACCAAGGCGUGCCCCUUUAUCUUCAAGGCAACAGUCUAAUUCACCAAGACGUGUUCCAUUGUCACCUAGGCAACAAUCCUGACCAGUUGUGCGUGGUCGGCGAUAUUCACAAUCUCCAAAUCGGGCCCCUGUAUCGCAAAGACAGCGUUCUCAAUCACCUCAACGUGUCCAAGCAUCACCAAGGCGACAUUCUCAAUUACCAGAUCAUGUUUCACCAAGGAGAAAGUCGCAAACGCCAAACCGUGCUUCUACAUCGACAAGACAACAAUCACGAUCACCAAACCGUGCUUCUACAUCGACAAGACAACAAUCACGAUCACCAAACCGUGCUUCUACAUCGUCAAGACGACAAUCACGAUCACCAAACCGUGCUUCUACAUCGUCAAGACGACAGUCAAAAUCACCAAAUCGUGACCCAGUGUCAUCAGCUAUCCCUCUCCCUUCACGCGCGACAGAGACGUGAUCCCCUAAUUAUUUCAGAGGUCAUGUACUGACUAUGUAUGGGAGUGCGUCAAUUCAGAGUGAAGAGGAAUAUGAGACAUAUUUGUUUUGUUUUCUACUGAAAAAAUAAUAGAAGCUAUUAAAACAAUAGAAGCUGACGAAUGAUUAAGGUAGUGGUGAUAGUAAUGGUGAUGAUGGCUAAUGACUAUGAUGAUGACACAGAGAUAACGAUGAUGGAAGUGGUGAUAGUAAUGGUGACGAUGGUUAAUGAUUAUGAUGAUGAAACAGAGAUGACGAUGAUGGUGAUGAUUGUGGUAGUAGCGGUAAUAGUUAUGAUGGUUGGGGUUAUAAAUAUGGCAGUGAGAUGAAGAUGAUUAUGAGUUUUAACAAACUGCAAUAAACAUAAUAAUUAUUCAA